AUGGCUGCGCUGACUAUUCAAAGAACCGACAACUUUUUGCACACAUUUUUACAGGACAGGACGCCCAGCUCCUCUCCUGAAGGAGCACCCAACGCCUUGUCGUUCCUGGCCACCACGUGCAGCCAGGCCUGGCAGGUCGGAGGCACCAUGGGCUCAGAGGGGUCUCAGUUCCCCUACGAUGGAGCAGUCAGUUCCACCUCAGGGAUGUUCCAGCUGUGGAGCAACGACAUGACGCCCGCCUCAGCCCUCGGGACACACUUCACUGUUCCCAAAGUUCAGUUUCCUGGGCACAUGCAGAGCAGCCUCCAUCACCACCACCCACACCACCACCAUCACCACGAACUGCCCCUCACCCCUCCAGCAGAGCCCUCGUCCUAUUCCUUUGAGCUGUCCCCAGUAAAGAGUAACGCUUCUUACUAUUCUCAACACAACACUGUGUCCCAGAACUUUCCCAGCUUCCUGCAGAACCCCUCGGGACGCCACCAUCUCCCGGGGGGACAUGUAGAGGAGGCUCAGCAGUGGUGGAGCCUGCCUCAAAGCAACACCUCUGCCUCCAAUCACCCCUUCACCCUGAGUAGGCAGCUUGUCCUGGGACACCAGCCUCAGAUUGCAGCUUUACUACAGGGAACUUCCAAAGGGUUACUGAGCUCCACUCGCCGCUGCCGGAGAUGCAAGUGUCCCAACUGUCAGACUAACGGUGGGGGGUUGGAGUUUGGGAAGAAGAGACUGCACAUCUGUCACAUCCCUGAGUGUGGAAAAGUGUACAAGAAGACUUCCCACCUAAAGGCACACCUGCGCUGGCAUGCCGGGGAGCGACCUUUCAUCUGUAACUGGCUUUUCUGCGGAAAGAGCUUCACGCGCUCAGACGAACUGCAGCGGCACCUGCGGACACACACCGGGGAGAAGCGCUUUGGCUGCCAGCAGUGUGGGAAGAGGUUCAUGAGGAGUGACCAUCUCUCCAAACACGUCAAGACCCACCAGAGCAGAAAGAGCCGCUCCGGACCCCCGUCACAGAGCACAGACUCUCUGAUAAGCAACAUCAAGAGAGAGUGA